AUGAAGCUAUUCCAUAGCAUUUUGAGUUCGACAUUGGUUGCUGUCACAGUCGCAGCGCCUGCGCUCAAAGCUGCCGAAUCUUCUCAACAACCAGCGUCGUUCUAUCCAAUUGGAAUUUCUGGGGGUCAGAAUGCUAAGGUAGCUGGUAGACUCUUUGAUAUUGAUGGUAGGGUUGAACGCUUUGCAGGGACCAAUGCUUGGUGGCUCGCGCAUCUGCAGGAUAACGCUGAUGUCGACAAAGUAUUGGACGAGGUGGCAAAGACUGGAUACAAGAUUCUUCGCGUCUGGGCCUUUGGAAACGUCAAUGAAGUGCCAGAUCUGGCAGAGACGGACUUGACACACCAGGUCUACUUCCAAGUAUUGAACUCAAGCGGCGCCUAUAUUAACUGGGCAGCCAAUGGUAUUCCCCGUCUCGAUUAUGUCGUCUCUUCUGCUGAGAAGCACGGCAUCAAGCUGGUACUUCCCUUUGUUAAUAACUGGGACGACUAUGGAGGCAUCAAUACCUACUCCGCGGCAUUCGGCAGUAAUGCUACGUCCUUCUACACAGAUCCCACCACUCAAGCAGCAUACAAGAGCUACAUAAAAACGGUCAUAACCCGAUACGCAGAUUCCCCAGCCAUCUUCGCCUGGGAAUUAUGCAAUGAGCCACGCUGCCAAGGAUGUGAUACCUCAGUUAUCACGAAAUGGGCAGCCGAAACAUCGGCAUAUGUCAAGAGUCUCGAUCCCGGACACAUGAUAACUCUCGGCGAUGAAGGCUGGCUUGCUCCUGAUGACGGCCUGGGUGAUGGUUCUUAUGCCUACGCUGGAGGUAUCGGCAUUGAUUUCGCAGCUAAUCUAAAGAUCAAGACCCUUGAUUACGGCGUCUUCCACCUAUACCCCGACUCCUGGGGCUACAACUACACCUGGGGGUCGACGUGGAUUGAGCAGCACGAUGCUCUGGGCAAAGCUGCGGGCAAACCCGUCAUAUUGGAAGAAUACGGAGCUCCGUUCCCACACAAUCAUACGGGUGUCGAAGGCCCAUGGCAGGCAACGGUACUGAAGAGUGGGCUGGCCGCGGAUCAGAUUUGGCAGUUUGCGACGCCGUAUCUGACGGUCCCGGUGGAGGAUAUUAUUGAUGUGAACUCUAUCUUUUAUAAUGAUACUGAGUAUGCGACUCUUGCGAAGGAGCAUGCGGCUCAGAUGUUGGCCAAGGCUGCCUCAGAGUGA